AAAGAAGAGAUAUUGGAGUUAAUUUUAGGGGGAAAAAGAGAGAUAAAUGAGAGUCAGUUGGGCGUGGGUUUACGCAGCGAAGCCGUUAAACUUAAACCCUCCCCAAACUCCUCUCUCUCUCUCCCCUCCUGCAUAUGCUCAUGGAGUUUCCAAGCUCCAGAAUCUCAACCAAUCCUCAAGUUUCUCCAUUAAUUCCUUUCCUCACAUGGAAAGGGAGGAGAAGUCCUUCGACGCUAACCAUACCAAACUCCAAGAGGCAACAACCGCUUCCAAUAUAUGUAGUCCGCCCAAUUCCGUCGAGAAAUUUCCGGAUUUCAGCUCAUUUUGGCAGAGCUUCAAGCCGCCAGAAUUAUCUCAGGAAGAAACUCACCCAACAACAAAAGCAGCAGCAGGUGAGUGAAAACCUUGUUUAUGAAUUUGAUAAACUCCAUACAUAUGAGUCGAAUUUUGAAACCUUGAAUGUCGAGGGUGGUAGUAGUGUUAAUGACGAAGAUAGGAAGAAUGUUGUUGAUGAUAAUUUUAGUCAGAGUGAGGGUGUGAUAGAUUCCGAGAAGGAGUUAACUAAAAAGAAAAUAGGUGAAUCUAUCAUGUGGAACAAGUUGGAGGGUUGGGUUGAGCAGUAUAAGAAAGAUUCCCAAUUUUGGGGGAUUGGAACUGGUCCUAUAUUUUCCGUAUUUCAGGAUAGUGAAGGUAAAGUGGAAAGGGUAGUGGUGAAUGAAGACGAGAUUAUGAGGCGGAGUCGGAUUGAUCCUCAGUUGGAUAAUGAAACUGAGGUAUUGGCUGAAGUUGAUUUUAAGAUAUCUUUUGCAAAUGACUUGGCAAGAGAGAUGGAGAAUGGGAGCAACGUGAUUCCCAAGAAUAGUUCAGUUGCUAAGUUUCUGCGAUCAUCUGGUGCUGAGGAAUCACGUCUUGUGGGAUCAGUUCGCAGUGCCACAGCAGUGAAGCCAGUUUCAUUUCCAAGUAUGUCAAGAGUUGGAGCGUUAGUAUUAUGUGGCUUGUCUAUGAUUUGGGCAAUUAGGGGCCUCCUCACUGUUGGCGAUGAUAGUAGAGGUGAAUACACAGCGUUUGAGAAGGAGAUGCUGCGGAGAAAAAUGAAAGCUAGAAAGGAAGAGGAGAAGAAGUUGGUGAAAGGUAGUGUCGAAGUAAUGCAGGUGCCUAUAGAGCCUAAAGGCAUGUCGAUCAAGAGGCCUCAACUUGAUAAAGAAGAACUUGCUAGCAGCAUUAUUAAGGCGAAGGGAUCAAAUAAUCAACUGGACCAAACUUUCGAAAGUGAACUUGAAGGGAAAAUCAAAGAAAUCAGGGCAAUGGCAAGGCACGCACGAGAAACUGAGAGAAGAGAUGCUCUGCAAAAGUCCUCAAACCACAAUGCAACUUCAGAAAAUGAACUUCCUAGUGAGGAUGAGGUAUCUAUCACUGACACAGACGACGAUGAUAUUGAACUGUCGAUUAAUGCAGCUUCAGACCUGUCGAUUAAUGCAGCUUCAGACGACAAAUGUGAGACAGAGUUCCACAACAUCAUCCCAAGUGGCACUAAAAGCUUGAGAUCUGAAGCAAGCAAUGAGAAGAAGGUUUCAGCAUUCUCAAACUUAACUGAUACAAAUGUACAUUCCGAUGGUUCAGGCUGGCAAUCACAACAACAAAAUUCUUCGCCAAAAAAGCUGAGGAUCAUAAAAUCUGCCAAGGAAGCAAGGGAGUACCUUUCGAGGAAGCAUCAAACACCAGAGGUGAACCAAAAUGAUUAUGUGGGAAACAACAAAUGCACUGACAGUUCUAGUCUGGUACCCACUGCAAAUGUAGCAUCUGGUAGCACAAGUCCGGUAAUGGAUUUAACUGAAAAAGCACAUGAUCCUACCCCUAUAAGUGGAAUAGACGAUUUUUCAUAUCCAAUUGAAGAUUAUAGCAUGGGUAGUGAAACUGCAGAAGGAAAUGUGGAUACACUAGAUCAUUCAGAAACAUCCAGAAUAUCCUCUGGUCAAGACGUUAGUGUCUCUAACAACGUUGCACACAAUAUCCCAAAGACAAAAGAAAUAGAUAUUUGGACUCACCAGACUUGUAAUAGCGAAAGUGAUGCAUCAUCUUUUCUGGGCAACAUACAAGAUUCAAAAUCUAUGAAAGUUGAUGCAGCAGGCCAACUCAAGGCAAAAAAGGUGCCUGAAGAUACAGCAAAGAAGUCUGCAUUUGCUACUGCUAAUGAAGUUAAUGAUAUAAAGAAGGAGCUAGCUCCGUUAGUAAGGAAGGAAAACUGGAUGGAGAAGAAUUUCCAUGAAUUUGAGCCCAUUGUGGACAAGAUUGGAGCUGGCUUCAGAGAUAGUUAUCAGAUUGCAAAGGAGAAAGCAAGUCUAGAAUCUGGUUCAGAAACUGAUUUGGCGCAGCUUAAGUGUGAUGAUGCUGAAAGCGAACUUGAAUGGAUGAAGGAUGAAAGGCUUAGGGAGAUUGUAUUCAAAGUAAGGGAUAAUGAGCUGUCAGGAAGAGAUCCGUUUCAUCUUAUGGAUGAAGAAGAUAAAGCCACCUUCUUUAGUGGCCUCGAGAAGAAAGUCGAACAAGAAAACACAAAGUUGCUGAAGUUGCAUGAGUAUCUUCAUUCAAACAUUGAGAACCUUGAUUAUGGAACAGAUGGCAUUAGCGUGUAUGAUCCUCCUGAGAAAAUCAUACCUCGGUGGAAAAUCCCACCUGCAGAGAGGAACCCCGAGUUCCUUAACAACUUUGUGGAACAAAGGAAGGAACUUGUUACUGAAAGCCUUAAAAGCUCGUUUCUCUCGAGGAAAACUCCAAAAGAAGCUGUUAAUAAAUCAGAAAAACUAUCGUCCCUCGAGAAUGGUGCUGUAGCAGCAGAUAACUCUGAUCUACGGGCAGGAGUUCAGAAAGAUAAUUUAGAGUCUUCAAAGACCAUUAUAGAAGGUAGUGAUGGUUCUGUUAGGGCAGGCAAAAGAUCAGGAAAGGAGUUCUGGCAGCACACGAAGAAAUGGUCUGAAGGUUUUCUGGAGUCUUACAAUGCAGAAUCAGACCCGGAAGCCAAAGCUGCAAUGAGGGACAUAGGGAAAGAUUUGGACAGAUGGAUCACCGAGAAAGAAAUAAAGGAAGCAGCUGAGCUGAUGGAAAAACUCCCCGAAAAAGCAUUCAUUAAACAAAAGCUCAAUAAGGUGAGGAGGGAAAUGGAACUUUACGGGCCUCAAGCUGUUGUGAGCAAGUAUCGUGAAUAUGCUGAAGAAAAGGAAGAAGAUUACCUGUGGUGGCUAGAUCUUCCCCAUGUCCUGUGCAUUGAGUUGUACACUGUGGAGGAUGGGGAGGAGAGAGCGGGUUUGUAUUCAUUGGAGAUGGCUGCCGAUCUAGAACUGGAUCCGAAGCCAUAUCACGUGAUUGCUUUCGAGGAUGCUGGUGAGUGCAAGAAUCUUUGCUAUAUUAUACAAGCUAAGAUGGAAGUGCUUGGUAAUGGAAAUGCUUUCGUCGUUGCUAGACCGCCCAAGGAUGCUUACCGUGAAGCCAAAGCUAACGGAUUCAGUGUGACCGUCAUCAAGAAAGGGCAGCUGCAGCUCAACGUGGACCAAACGUUGGAAGAAGUGGAAGAGUCGAUAGCAGAGAUAGGAAGCAAGAUCUACCACGAUAGCAUCACCAAGGAGCGCUCCGUGGAUGUGAAGGGGUUGAUGAAGGGGGUGUUCGGCAUCACCAAACCUACCAACAGGAACAAGUCCAAGAGAAAAUCAAAAAGGCGAAUCAGGCAUUGAAGUGGCUUGCUUGCGUUAAGGUAUAAUUUGAGUCAUUGAGGAAGAUCAUUUAUUUGAUCAAAAGAGAACAAAGAAUGUGUACAAAACUUGCAUACAAAUAUUCCUUCCAAAAAUUAGAAGAAAAACCACAGAUUGAAAUGGCGCAUGAAUUUGUUUUUGUGCA